AUGAAUAAAGUUAAAGAAAAGAUUUUUGUUUUAAUUUUAAAAGAAAAUGAAGAUAAAAGUGAAGAAUUAUUUCGAUUAGAAAAGAAUUCGAUUAUUCAAAUAAGUUUAUCAUCUUGUUUAUCUUAUAAAAAUGUUCGAUUUUUUACAAAUUAUCCAUUAAAUGAAUCAUUUCAUCGAAAUAAAUAUUCUGAAUUGAAAUGGAUCAAUACAGAUCGAGAUAUUUUACUUGAUUGUUCCAAAUCUGGUUCAUUUCAUUAUUAUUUUACCAUCGAUGGAUCAAAAGAAAAUCGAAAUGGUCAAGGUUAUUUUCACAUUUGUCCUCAAUUAAUUGUCUCAACAGAAAUUCUCAAUGAAAAUUCUUUAACCUGUCAAACAAUUCUUUCGAAAUGUUUAGGUCGAUAUUGUGAAUGGAUGUCUCGUCUUGAAGUAUCAUAUCAUAGUGGUUAUAAUUUAAUUCAUUUCACUCCAAUACAAAUUCUUUCAAAGAUUUCCAAUUCAUCAUAUUCAAUUAAAGAUCAUCAUCAGAUAAAUCCAAUUUUUCAAUGCUCAUUUGAACAAAUUGAAAAACUUGUUGAAAAUCUUUUUCAAAAAUGGAAAAUCUUUUCAAUUACUGAUUUAGUUUAUAAUCACGUUGCAAAUGAUUGUCAAUUAAUUGAUGAUUAUCCACAAAUAACUUAUAAUUUAGUGAAUAGUCCAUAUUUAAGACCUGCUGUUCUUCUUGAUUCAAUUUUAAUUCAAUUAACUCGAGAUAUUUCACAAAAUCAACUUUUAUCCAAAGGAAUUUCAUCAAAUCUUCAACAAGAUCAUUUGGAAUUAAUUCGAAAUUAUCUUCUCAAUGAACAAAUUCCGAAAUAUCGUCUAUGGGAAUUUUAUAUUGUUGAUAUUGAUGAAAUUGUUAAAGAAUUUCGUGAAUUUUUAUCAAAAGAAUCUUUUUGUUCAGAAAAAUCUUCGAAUGAAAAACUUGAAAUUGAUCACGGAAAAUAUUAUCGAUUAAAAAGUUCAAUUGAUUUUCAAUUGGCUAAAAAGAUUUAUUAUUAUCAACGAUCAAAUGUUGACAAAACUGAAGAAUUGAUUGGAAUAUCCUGUGAACAAUUCAAAUCCGAUUUAAUUCAAAUCAAUGAAAAUAUUCGAAAUGAUUUAAAUAAAAAACUUGAACGUGCAAUUGACAAUUGUAUUAAAUCGUGUUUUUAUCGAUUUUUUGCGUAUGAUGGACCGAAAUACAAACAAAUUUCAUUUCCAUCAAUUCCCUUUGUUUCCAAUUAUUUUUCAUAUCCAAAUCAAGAAUUUCCACAUCCCGAUGAAAUCAAUCGUCUCAUUGAAAAUGAUUUGGAAUAUCAAAUGAAGAUCAUGGCACAUAACGGAUGGGUGAUGAAUGACGAUCCACGACGGAAUUUUGCUGAAGAAGGUCAAGAUGUUUAUUUAUGUCGAGAUUUAAUUCCUUGGUGCGAUUUAAUUAAAUUACGCUUUGGAAAUCGACGUGAACAAUGUCCUGAGAUUUUAUAUUCUUAUAUGAAAGAAUAUACACGAUUAAUUGCCAAAACAUUUCAUGGAUGUCGAUUAGAUAAUUGUCAUUCAACACCGAUUUGGUUUGCACAAGAAAUGAUGGAUUAUGCAAGAGAAAUCAAACCGAAUUUUUAUAUAAAUGCCGAAUUAUUUACGGGAAAUAUUUCAAUUGAUAAUUAUUUUAUUAAUCAGAUUGGAAUUGAUUCAAUUGUAAGAGAAUCUUAUCGCGCAUUUAAUCCGUAUGAAUUAGGUGAAAUGAUUUCAACAAUAAGUCAAUCAAAUCCAAUUGGUUCAUUUAUUCAAUUGAAUGUUUUACCAUUAAAAUCAAGAAAAUCUUCGUAUUUAUUUUAUGAUCAAACACAUGAUAAUCCAUCAUUGAUUGAAAGAAGAUCUGUUGAAGAUCUUCUUCCACGUUCAGCAUGUGUUACAAUGACAAAUUCAAGUAUUGGUUCAAAUCGUGGUUAUGAUGAAUUAAUUCCACAUUAUAUUGAUGUUGUUCAUGAAACAAGAUUUUAUGCGAAAUGGGGUUAUAAACAUCAACAAAUCAAUGAAAAAACAGCAUUAAUUUCAAUUCGAAAAGCAUUAAAUCAUUUACAUGUUGAUCUUUCUCAACAAGGUUUUACUCAAUUAAUGGUUGAUCAAUUAUCAAAUUCAGUGUUAUUAAUAACUCGUCAUAAUCCUGAAAAUCAUCAAUCUGUAUUAUUAAUCGCUCAUACAUCAUUUUAUCAAUCAAAUGACAAAUGGGAAUACAUUAGUUCGUUGACAAUUGAUGGAAUUAUUAAUGAGAUUCUUUUUGAAGGGAUUCUUCAUCAUCCACAAGAGAAAGAAUCAGUAAAAGAUUUUCAAAAAUCCAAAGAAUAUUUAAAUGGAUUGGAAAAAACUAAAAUUUAUUUUAAAGAAAAAGUUUUUCUUGAAGAAAGUCGUUGUAUUCGUUUAACAUCACCGAAUUCUCCUGAUUAUACGGGUUAUCGAACAAUUGAAUUUACAGAUGAAUUUGCUCCUGGUUCAAUCAUUGCUUUACAAAUUUCUCUUCUUCCACAAAUUUCUCAAUCAAUUUCGAAUUUAAAAGAACUUUGUAAACAAUUCGAAAAUCCAACAAGUGAAUUUUGUCAAAUUAUGAAACAAUUAACAUUAGUUGACCUUCAACGUAUUCUUUAUCGUUCAUCAAAUGAAGAACAAGCAGAUGGAAAUGGUUUUGAUGUUUAUUUCAUUCCUGAUUAUGGUCAAUUGAAUUAUUGUGGUUUACAAGGUUUAAUGUCAAUUUUAGAAAAGAUUCGUUUACAAAAUUCUCUUCGUCAUCCAUUAAUUCUUAAUUUAAAACAAGGAAAUUGGCUAAUGGAAUAUAUUGUCAAUCGAUUGAAAAUCUAUUCGAAUACAAAACAAUUGGCUCAAUGGUUUGAAAAUGCUUUUUUCUAUAUUAAAACAUUAACACGUGUGAUGAUUCCCGUGUAUUUUGAUUUAAUUAUAACAAAAUCUUAUUUAAUAUUCUUAGAAUAUGGUUGGUCAUUGAUGACUCCAUUUAUUUCUCAAUCAUCAACAUUGAUUCGUUCACUUGCUCAAACAAGUAUUCAAUUAAUAAGUAUUGUUCCAGAUGCUCGUUUACCUUUAUUAUCAUUGAAUUUACGUCAACCAAAACCAAAACAAGAAAUUGAUCAACAAACAAUGGAAACAAUUCAAUUGUGUCCUUCAUUAGCUGCUGGUCUUCCACAUUUUUCGAAUGGAAUAUGGAGAAAUUGGGGAAGAGAUACAUUUAUAUCAUUACGAGGUCUUCUUCUUCUAACUGGUCGAUAUGAAGAAGCGCGUUAUUUGAUUUUAUCUUACGGUGCUUGUCUUCGUCAUGGUUUAAUACCAAAUCUUUUAGCUGAUGGUAAAACUGCUCGUUAUAAUGCACGAGAUGCUGUUUGGUGGUGGUUAUUUUCAAUAUCAAAUUAUACAAAGAUGGUUCCAAAUGGUCAUGAAAUUCUUUCUGAUGUUGUUUCACGUUUUUAUCCAACUGAUGAUUCACCUUUACAAUCGAUUGGUUUACAUGAACAAUCUUUAUUUGAUGUUAUUCAAGAAGUUCUUAUUCGUCAUGUUCAAUCGAUUAGAUUUCGUGAACGUGGUGCAGGAUCUUGGUUAGAUCCCAAUAUGACAAAUGAAGGAUUUCAAAAUCAUAUUGGAAUUGAUCUUCAGACUGGUUUUAUUUUUGGUGGAAAUCAAUGGAAUUGUGGAACUUGGAUGGAUAAAAUGGGUUCAAGUGAAAAAGCUAAGAAUAAAGGACAUCCAGCAACACCACGUGAUGGUUCAGCAAUCGAAUUAAUUGCGUUAUCUCGUUCAAUACUUGAUUGGUUAAUUCAAAUGAAUCAACAAGGUUUUUAUCCAUAUAAAUCAGUUGAAACUAAUUCAAAUUCAAUGGAAAAUAUUGAAAUUUCUUUUCAAAAAUGGAUUCAAUUGAUUGAUGAAAAUUUUGAAAAAUAUUUUUGGAUCGAUCAAACAAAUUCAUCAAAAUAUGUUCAUCGAAAACAAAUUUAUAAAGAUUCAAUUAAUUCAACAUUUCAAUGGACAGAUUUUCAAUUACGACCAAAUUUUCUCAUUGCUGCUGUUGUUGCUCCGCAAAUGUUCGAGAAAACUCAUAUUUGGUUGGCUUUACAACAAGUCGAACAAAUUCUCUUAGGGAAAUAUGGAAUUAAAACACUCGAUCCAAAUGAUUAUAAUUAUAUUGGUGAUUAUGAUAAUGAUGAUGAUUCAAAUGAUUAUAAACGAGCACAUGGCUUCAAUUAUCAUAAUGGUCCUGAAUGGCUUUGGUUAACUGGAUAUUAUAUUCGAGCAAAACUUUAUUGGGCAAAACAACAAAAUGAUCCUUUAAUUAUUGAACAAACAAAAAAACAUAUUGAAGAAAUUCUUUGUUCACAUAAGGAAUUAAUUUUAUCAAAUGAUUGGAAAGGUUUACCGGAAUUAACAAAUGCAGAUGGAAAAUUAUGUUCACAUUCAUGUUCUGUACAAGCUUGGUCUUCAGCUACACUUUUAGAAGCUCUUUAUGAUCUCACACAAACAUAG